AUGGAUCGCCAGGCGGAGCUUUGGUGGAGUCCUCCACUGGCAAGGAUUAACAAGGAGACUGCAAAGGAGACUGCAAAGGCGUGGGCGCGACGAGUAAUUCUUCAUCUCAAGUUCAAAAUUUCUGAACGUUGGCUUCCACGACUCUUACCUCGGCGAGUUUCGGACGAUCAACGCCUUUUUCGGUAUCUACUUGCCGCGUUAUACGUCAUAGCCGUGGGAUCCGGUGGACCAAGGUCUUGCAUUUCAUCAUUCGGUGCUUUUCAACUGGAAGAGUCUGAUGAUCCAGCAAGCAACAAGGCCAGCUUCUUCAACUGGAGCUACUUCUUCACCAACAUCGGAGGUCUGAUUGCGGGAACAGCUCUGGUAUAUGUCCAGCAGGAAGUAAGCUGGCCGCUCGGGUUCGCCAUCCCCACAGUGGCGGUCACGGCGUCCGCCAUGAUCUUUCUCAUGGGCUGGCCGCGGUACAAGCACAAGCAACCGGGUGGGAGCCCGCUAACCAGGGUGGCACAAGUUUUCGUUGCAACUGCCAGAAACAGAAGUACAAGGAUAGAAGUCGAGCAUGCAAAUGCAACCCUCUAUGAGCUACAAGGGGAGAGUUCCAGCAUUCCAGGAAGUAAGCAGAUUCAGCACACUGCUGGAUUCGGAUUUCUCGACAAGGCGGCAGCCAUCGCUCGCGAUGAGCAAACAGCGUUUGAGAACUCACCACCGACGGGAUGGAGGUUAUGCACGGUAACGCAGAUCGAGGAGGUGAAGAUCAUCCUCCGCUUGAUGCCAGUGUGGGCGACGAGCAUCAUCUUCUCCACCGUUUUCAUCCAGACCUCGACGCUGUUCGUGCAGCAGGGGCAAGAAAUGCGCAACCGCAUAUCCGGCUUCAAAGUGCCCCCGGCAUCGCUCGCAGCAGUUGACACCAUCGCCGUCAUUCUCACAGUGCCGCUCUACGAGAGGCUUCUCGUCCCGGUUCUUCGCAGGUUGGCCGGUCAACAGAGUGGGUUGACCGGCUUGCAAAGGAUGGGCCUGGGGCUUUUACUGGCGAUGGUGGCCAUGGUUGUGGCGGGGGUGGUGGAAACGCACGCAAUGGUUCACCAGGUGAGUAUACUCUGGCAGGUGACACAGUAUUUUCUAGUGGGCGCCGCUGGAGUGUUCGCGUUUGCCGGGAGGACCGAGUUCUUCAACGAGGAGUCCCCCGAGGCAAUGCGGAGUUUGAUCGGUGCGCUGUCGCUCGCUACAAAUGCUCUAGGGAGUUAUCUCAGUAGUGUUCUUGUUCUUGCGGUGGAGAAGGUCACGAGCAAGGGUGGCGGACGCGGGAGCUGGAUCGAUCACCAUAUGGACUACUUCUUCUGGCUCUUGGCGGCACUCGUCGCCAUUGAUCUUGGCUUGUUUCUUGUGUGUGUCCGCUGCUACAGAUUCCGGGCUAUGGCGAAAUGA